UCUAUAGUGAUCUGUGGUGCAACUGCAUUUGCAACGUGGACGGUCGGACUCGGUUAGCGGAGUUUUAGAAAAUAAGAAAAAAUGGAUAACGAUAGUGAAAAUGAGAUAAAAUUUAAGCCCAAAAAGAAGAAAAAUCUUCGCCAAAGAGUUAAAAUUGAAGAUGAAGAAUCAGAGGACGAGGAAAUCAUUUUGGCUAGAUUGGAAGAAGCCAAGGAGAUCCAGAAACUUCGAGAAAGGCCGAACGGUAUUAGCGUGGUUGCAUUAGCCACUGGUCAAAAGACUUCUUUAGUAGAAGAAGGCGCAUGUAAGGACCCAUUUAAUGUUAAAUCUGGGGGCAUGGUGAAUAUGCAGGCAUUGAAAAGUGGGAAAGUGAAACAAGUGGACGACGCGUACGACACUGGCAUUGGCACGCAAUUUUCUGCCGAGACGAACAAACGCGAUGAAGAUGAAGAAAUGAUGAAAUACAUAGAAGAACAGUUAUCAAAACGGAAAGAGGGACAUGACUUGAACAAAAAGGAUUGUGAUGACAGUGACACACUCAAAUAUUUUCCGCCUGAGGAAGCUGCUUUACUUUCACUGCCUGAACACUUGCGAGUGUCUUCUACCCACAGAUCUGAGGAGAUGCUUUCAAAUCAAAUGCUCAGUGGGAUACCGGAGGUGGAUCUUGGCAUAGACGCUAAAAUUAAGAACAUUGAGGCUACAGAGGAGGCAAAAAUGAAGUUAUUAUGGGAGAGGCAUAAUAAGAAGGAUGGACCUUCACAGUUUGUGCCAACUAAUAUGGCGGUAAACUUUGUACAACAUAAUAGAUUCAAUUUAGACACUGUUAAUUCCAAAAAAAGAAAAGUUGAAAAACCAGAAGUAGCGAAGACUGAAGCCAACGUAAUUGAUGAUAGUGUAAAUAAAAUUGUCAAAAAAGCUAAAGGUGAACGAGCUACGGACGACUAUCACUAUGAAAAGUUUAGGAAACAGUUUAGGCGGUACUAAUAGUUUUGUUGAACUGUCUUCUAAAUUCUGGUAUUUUAAUAGCUAAUUUAAUAAGUAUAAUAAUUUAAUUUUGAAUUGUGAUUACAUUUUGGUAUUAUUUUUUUUUUUAGUUAGUAUAAAAAGUAGUGAUAAGAUAGUUGUUUAAUUUAUUAUAUGUAUUAAGAUGGUUA